UUUCCGGCUGGGAGGCUUUGGCCGAUCGCCCCGCGUCCCUUUUCGGGGGCCGCGGUGGCAGCCGAGGCGGUGGUGGCGGCUGGCUGUGUGGGGGGCCGGAGAGGAGGUCCGUAAGCCAACGCCAUGUCGAGUCUGCACAAGAGCCGGAUUGCCGUUUUCCAGGAUGUGCUAAAGGAGCCAUCGAUCGCCUUGGGAAAGCUGCGGGAGCUCAGCUUCAGUGGCAUUCCCUGUGAGGGUGGACUGCGGUGCCUGUGCUGGAAGAUCCUCUUGAACUACCUGCCCUUGGAGAGAGCCUCGUGGGCUUCUAUCCUGGCCAGGCAAAGGGAACUGUAUGCUCAGUUCCUGAGGGAAAUGAUUAUCCAGCCUGGCAUUGCCAAGGCCAACAUGGGCGUGUCCAGAGAGGACGUGACCUUUGAAGACCACCCGCUCAACCCCAGCCCCGAUAGCCGGUGGAACACCUACUUCAAGGACAACAAGGUGCUGCUGCAGAUUGACAAAGACGUCCGGAGGUUGUGCCCCGACAUGUCCUUCUUCCAGAGUGCCACCGAGUACCCAUGCCUCCUCAUCCUGGACCCCCAGAAUGAGUUUGAGACCCUUCGGAAGCGCGUGGAGCAGACAACACUAAAAUCCCAAACAGUGGCACGGAAUCGGAGUGGAGUGACAAACAUGAGCUCCCCUCACAAGAACUCUGGCUCCUCGACCCUGAACAAGUACGAGGUGCCGCCCAGCGGCUGCGAGGCACACUGGGAGGUGGUGGAGCGGAUCCUGUUCAUCUACGCCAAGCUCAACCCUGGCAUCGCCUAUGUGCAGGGCAUGAACGAGAUCGUGGGGCCGCUCUACUACACCUUCGCCACCGACCCUAACAGCGAGUGGAAAGAGCACGCCGAGGCCGACACCUUCUUCUGCUUCUCCAACCUCAUGGCCGAGAUCCAGGACAACUUCAUCAAGAGCCUGGAUGACUCGCAGUGCGGCAUCACCUAUAAGAUGGAGAAGGUGUACUCGACGCUGAAGGAGAAGGACCUGGAGCUCUACCUAAAGCUGCAAGAGCAGAACAUCAAGCCGCAGUUCUUCGCCUUCCGCUGGCUCACGCUGCUGCUGUCCCAGGAGUUCCUGCUGCCCGACGUCAUCCGGCUCUGGGACUCGCUCUUCGCCGACGACCGCCGCUUUGACUUCCUGCUGCUCGUCUGCUGUGCCAUGCUCAUACUGAUCCGGGAGCAGCUGCUAGAAGGGGACUUCAUCGUCAACAUGCGGCUGCUGCAGGACUACCCUGUCAGUGACGUCUCCCAGAUCAUACAGAAAGCUAAGGAGCUCCAGGACUCGCAGUAACAGGCUGUAAGAGGUCCAGGCGUGGGAGAGAAGCCACCUGCCCCGUGCCCCAGCUUGUGGGAUUCACAGAAGCCACCUGCCCUGUGCCCCUACUUGUGGGGCAGCUUCCAGGGAAGGGC